AUGGCUUCUCUCAUGCCCCGAGGAUAUCGCUCUGCCACCGAAUUCCGCUUCGACAAAGAACAAGCUGACGCCAUUAUUCGAACCACCGCCUAUCACCGUAAAGACUUCUGCCUGUCCGUGAUCUGGUACUCGCAUCGGGAACACAAUGAGAUUCGUCCGUCAAUAACAACACCCUUCCAGCGGACUUCAAAGGUUGGACUUGGCUCCCUUGAUCGGCUACCCCUCGAGCUCUUGUUUGACACCUUGUACCGUCUGGAUUUGUAUUCUUUGUUCAAAUUUCGACAGAUAAAUCUCAGGUCAAGACAGAUGGUAGACUUCCUCAACCAGUAUCGUAGGGUUGUCUCGCAUGGUCUGAACCUUUUCUGCGCCUUGUUACGAACACGACUUGCCAUCGACGUCACUCUACUCGACUUCUAUAAGGCAUUAUGUACUAAGACAUGCAUUCUCUGCGGCGAAUUCGGCGGGUUCAUAUCUAUACUAACUUGGACGCGAUGUUGUUUCAAAUGCCUCCAGGGGUCCCCAGAGACACAAGUGCGGACUCUUGCCUCAGUCCGAAAGCAAUUACACAUGACCAAAGCCGAAUUAGGUCAACUGAGGUCGUUCAAGUCCUUGCCUGGGAUAUACUCGAUGAAUGAAUCUGUACAGAAUUCCCAUACUACGAUCGUUUCUCUUCAUCGGGCUACUUUGACUGAAAUCAAAAGUUCAACUUCAUGGGGUCAUGUGCACUCCCUUAUUACGACAAACAAACUGGCAGCGUUGAACACGGGGUUUCAUGUGCCGGGUGUCAACUUGCUAUUGAAAAAGAUAUUAUCGGCACCAGGGGUACAAAAUGGGGGUACGACGCUCGAGACAAAGUGUAUGCGCAAGACGGCUUUCUGGGCCACUUUCGAUGGUGUGAACAGGCACAGCUCCUAUGGAGGUCGAGUGGCGAAGGUCAAACCCUGCCACCUGAGCUACCUGUGUCUGCUCGGACAGGAGGCUACUUUCGAAGAAGAAAAUGACGAUCAUAUGGAGCCCACUUGCUAA